CCCGCCCCUCGCCCGGCACCGUCGACAGGUGAGUGGUCCCUCGGGCACCUGCCUGCUGCUGGGACGACCCCGACAGAGUCCCCGCCCCGAUUAGGACUCCAACGCCUGGCCUCAGAAUUCGUGGUGAGGUCGUGGAAACCCUGGCCCCACCUCCAUCUUCACUUCGCUACCCUCACCCCUGCAAAUGAAAACCGUAAAACCCACAGGAGAGAUUUACAAAUAGUGCUUGAGCAUCAUGGAGCUUCUAGGUUCUACUUUAGCGGCAACUUAUGCCCACCCUAGACCAACACCAGCCAACUUCCUACCAGCCAUCAGUGCCAUGGCCUCAAGCUAUAGGGACUGCUUCCCCCACUGCAAUCUGACCCAUAGUCUGAGCCUGCCUUGGAGACCAAGCACGUACUACAAAGCAGCCUCCAACUCGCCAGCCUUGGACCCAUACUGCACCAGAUCUCAGAGGGUGUCCGAGAGCACCAUGCUUCCCUUUGUUUCCAACAGAACCACACUCUUCACCAGAUAUACUCCAGAUGAUUGGUACAGGUCCAACUUAACCAACUUUCAAGAAUCCAACACUUCCCGACACAAUUCAGAGAGACUAAGGGUAGAUACAUCUCGCUUGAUUCAAGACAAAUAUCAACAAAUGAGAAAAACCCAGGCAGACUCCACCCACAAUCUGGGAGAACGAGUCAACGACAUAGGAUUUUGGAAAUCUGAAAUCACUCAUGAGUUGGAUGCAAUAAUUGGAGAGACAAAUGAACUAACCGAUGUUAAGAAAAAACUGGAGAGGGCUUUGAUGGAGACAGAAGCCCCUCUUCAGGUAGCCCGGGAAUGUCUGUUUCAUCGAGAGAAGAGAAUGGGAAUCGAUCUAGUUCAUGAUGAAGUGGAAACAGAGUUGCUGACGGAGGUUGACAUUAUUCUGUGUUGUCAAGAAAGGAUGAAGCUGCAUUUGGACAAGGCCAUUGCCCAACUGGCAGCCAACAGAGCUUCCCAGCACGAGCUGGAGAAGGACCUGAGUGACAAGCAGGCGGCUUGCCGCAUCGACGAUAAAUGCCACCACCUGCGAAACACGUCGGACGGCGUCAGCUACUUCCGCGGAGUGGAGCGGGUGGAUGCCAUGGUCUCAGUGCCCGAGUCCUGGGCCAAAUUUACCCACGACAAUAUUCUUCGCUCCCAGAGCGAGCGAGCUGCCUCUGCGAAACUGAGAGAUGACAUCCGGAACCUCCUGGUGGUGACAGCCAACGAGAUGUGGAAUCAGUUCAACAAAGUGAACCUGGCUUUCACCAGCCGCGUUGCUGAGACCGCAGAUGCUAAAAAUAAGAUUCAGAUUCACCUCGCAAAGACCCUGCAGGAGAUUUUCCAGACGGAGAUGACCAUCGAAUCCAUCAAGAAAGCCAUCAAGGACAAGUCCGCCUUCCUGAAGGUGGCUCAGACCAGGCUGGAUGAGCGUACGCGGAGGCCCAACAUAGAGCUCUGCAGAGACAUGGCUCAGCUGCGCCUGGUUAACGAGGUGUACGAGGUGGACGACACCAUCCAGACCCUGCAGCAGCGCCUGAGGGACGCGGAGGACACCCUGCAGUCGCUGGUCCACACCAAGGCCACCCUGGAGCACGACCUGGCGGUCAAAGCCAACUCCCUGUACAUCGACCAGGAGAAGUGCAUGAGCAUGCGCAGGAGCUUCCCCAGCACCCGGCGGCUGGUGGGCUUCUGCUAGGGCCCCCUCCCCUGGACUAGGUGUGAUGCUCCCCAGUUCCCGACGAUUUACUAGGCCUCUGGGCCAGAGAAAAACAAUCGAUGUAAUAGACAAGGUAAGAACACUUAUUUGUAUUGCUCUUGUAUUCUCUGUGUAACAUGAAUGGGCUGGAAAGGAGCAAUGUAUUUUUUUCUGAGGCCGUGGAGGCAGGUAUCCCAGCAGGUGGGUUCUGAGAGAACGGGAGAGGCCUCUGGAAGGUAGUAGUCGGGGAUAGUUUGAGCAAAGUCGAAGGUGGAAAAAUAGAGAGUGCAUUUGGACAAUAGUAAGUAGACCAGUUUGGCUGUGAUUCAUAACGUAGGGUGUGUAUGAAGAAACAGGACGGCUGAGACCCCUGGAAAGUUGCGGGGGAGGACGGCUGAGACCCCUGGAAAGUUGCGGGGGGUGGGUUCAAGGGCAGGGGGAGUGAUGGACAGCUCUGUGCAGGGACAUGGCCUUGUGAAAGCAAUGACCGGGGAGGGAAAGUUUGAAUUGGAGAGAUGGCCGUGGAAACCCAAGAGGGGAGAAGCACAAAGCAUGUUACAACAAAUCAGCAGAACUCGCUAACCUCAUAGGCGAGUGAGCCCUGAGGGCCCAGGGUGACAAAAAGUUGCUGACUUUGGGUGGGCCGAAAAAUGGGACAUCGCUUACAUUCUAGGGGGUCCUGUCUUAUCUCAGGGGUUGCUUAUUUUUUUAAAAUAACUUUUUCUUUAUUACAAAUGAAAAACAUUUGCUGAUAUCUGUUUUGGAAAAUAGGGAAACGACACACCCAGAACUCCUUGUAAAUUACUUGCUAUCGCAGAACCCAGAAAUAAUCACUGAAGUUGGUCAGCAUUUUAUGGUAUAUGCUUUCAGUCCUUUUUCUGUGACAGUAUAUGUGUCUAUAAAAUAUAUUUACAUAUAUAGGUAAUAUGCAGUGUUUAUUUACACAUAUGUAUCAUAUGUGAUGCUUAUAUUUAAAUACAUAAUUAAUAACACUUGGGACCACACUUCUGAUUUGUAAUCUCCUUUUCCUUAUUCAUAUAUUAUACUAUAAAUGGGUUUCCAUGUCAUUCGCU